CGCCGUGGCAGCAGUAUUGUGAGGAAGGAGCUUGUAUGAAGCGUCGCUGUGUUCCUCUGAGAGGAGACCACAACCUGCUGACCCCCGACACACACGCACUGUCGGGGGUCAGGAACUGCCCUGUCAUCCGGGUGAGGUUGGAAGGCGUGGCCUCUCACUCAGGACACCAGAGGGACUUGUCCAGCAGUAAAUCGGCUGUGGGGUCAACGAGGCGACGCCCAGCGUCUUCAACUCGUCGCCUGAGAUUUGAAGAUGAGACAGAGACAGAGGCGGAGUCUCGUUACCAGGAGAGACAGCAGCAGAGAAGAUGGGCGGGGCAGCAGGGGACAAGUGUCUUGGUCUCCAGACUGAACCUGAACCUGUACGUCAGUGGUCAGGCGGGGCCACCUGUACCUGUUGACAGGGGGCGGAGCCUGUCCCGGCCCCAUGUCAACCUGAGGACUGAGCCAAUCAGAGAGACCUACAUUGGCCCUGUCACACCUCAGAACAAAUCCCCCUGCAGAGGGGGCGGGGCUGAGCGUGUCACCAACAUUCAGAUGAGGAGUAGAACCAAUGAGGGCACACCUACCACAGACCUGCCAAUCAACCCUUAUGCUCCUGACCAACUGACCACGCCUGCCUUCAUAUGUCCCUCCCCGUCCUCUCCUCCUCUUGUGAUGUCAGUGAUGACGUCACAGAGUGUCGGGCUCAAUGGUUCAGAGGAAGAACAGGAUCUGAACCACGACCAGGAUACUCAGGGGAGACCUGAAGGACUUGAGCCCAACAAAGAGCUCCAAUCUGUGGCAGAGCCGAGAGACCAGAGUCCCUGUGUGGAGGUGGAGGAGGGAGGAGGGAUCAGAAGGAUGAAGAACUCUUCUUCUUCCUCUUCUUCUUCCUCUUCUUCAGGGACAAGCCCAGAAGCAACAGCUGAGAGACCAGCCCCACCCAUCCAAGAGAGCAGCAGGAAUGGACGGGUCAACCAGCCAAUAAGAACAAAGCUCUACACUUCACUUCCUGAACAGUGA